AUGGAGACUGUCUACAAGGCCUGGCUCUGUUCCCAGUAUUUUGAAGUCACACAGUCUCAUUGCAACAACACAAUUCCUUGCAAGCAAUACUGUUUGGAAGUUCAGACAAGGUGUCCAUUUAUAUUACCAGACAAUGAUGAUGUCAUCUAUGGAGGGUUAUCCAGUUUCAUCUGUACAGGGCUCUAUGACAAUUACCCAACCAAUGCAGAACCAGAAUGCUGUGAUGUCAGAUGGGGACUCUUAUCCGAUAACCAAUCCAAAGGGACUAUAAAAACAAGUGACUCAAUGAUGUGUCACCGGACAUCACUCACAGUUUCAUCAGCAUCAAGACUGUGUAACAGCAGACUCAAACUGUGUGUUCUUGUAUUAAUUCUCUUACAUACAGUACUCACUGUCUCAGCAGCACAGAAUUCAACAGAACUGGGCUUUGGAGGCAUAACAAAUUUUGAAGAUAACUCCACCAAUGAGGAAUAAGAGACCUGAUCCAUCUCCUCCUACAGGCACACAGCAGGCCCACCCAUAUGGCAGUCAGACCCAAAAGACUGGACCUUUUUGCCCUCUGUUCACUCCUCCAAAAGCCUUCUGGGUAAAACUCAACCGACGGGCCACUAUCCAAACAAGGACACAUCCUAUACAGCUUUUUAUUGACUAAAAGGCUGUCCGGUGACUUAAAUUUCUCACACCAUUUUAUACACUGUGUUUUAAUGUUUGGAGUUUCUUUUUUUGGUUUGUUUUGCACUUGUUAAUACAGGAUUUUAUUUUUCAGACAGUUUCUCAGAGCUAAACUAAGUCUUUUCACUGUCUUAUCUAUUUCUAGUCAUUGUGUGUGCUCAUCAAAUAGUUUGGUCUUUUAUGUCUUGUCAGUUUCUAUUAGAAGAAAGAACUGCUGUGGUCCCAUGGCAAAAGAUUUUUUUAAAAAACAAAACAGUGAAAACCAGCCCUCCCCCCCCAGCCCUCCCCUCCACAAAACCAGUUCUCUUUUUUCCCAUUCUAUUUUCCCCUGCUUCAGUGCCCCAGAGCAAACCAUUCCCGCUUGCUUUCCUUCGGUGUAAUCACAAUGAAUGGGUGUGAGGCCCAACGCACCUCUGCCACUGUUACACAAGUCAUCUGACUGGAGAAAUCCAAAGUAAGGGAGGGGCGGGGCGGAGAGCACCGUUAAUACUCUCCUUUGAAAGUGGGAUCUGACAAUGAAACCUUAAUAUAAAGAAAUCUAUAACAAACUGUUGCUCCAAGGCCCAUUUUCAAAAAGUCUAGUCUUUUCUCACUGGUCAGUUGAACAGGAGCGGCCUGAUUUAGACUACCAUGUGUGAAACCAAGCCAAGACCUCAGCGAAGUGAUGAGAAGGGAAGGGAUUCCUACACACCGGUGGGGAAAGUUUGGCAUUCAUUGUGAGUUACGGCUUUUAUUCCUCUGUUAUCAUCUCUGUACCACAUGGUAAUACCAUCUAUAAAAACCAAAAGGUUUAUUGGGGAAGGGGGGGGAAGAGAAAAAAUAUUUUCACCCCUGUUUGGUUCUGAGGAUAUCUAGAGAUAUCACGAAGGCUGUGAAGAACACAAGUGUCCUAUCAAGCAUAGGUAAUGUGGUCAUUGCAUGUGAGUGUACAUACUCUGAACAUAAAUAUUGGGGUACAUCUCUUGUGAAAUCAUUUGCCCAACCAAGCAGAUGACCAUUUUAAAAUGAAUUGCACCGUUGUGUGUUAUGCUGAUACAGUUCCUACAGCCUGCGGGAUAGUUUCUGCUUCUCGAGGCUACAAUUAAAUCUUUGGGAGUGAGGUAGGGUGGGGAGGAGAUCCAAUUAAGAUAGUGCAGCUGGGAAAAAAAGUUCAUUUUUUUUUCUUUUUAAAGGAUAUUUUCAUGAGUGUGCAAUAAAAUUUAAGAUGCUGGGCUAUAAGUAGUCAAGUAUUGCGAGGGGUUGACGGGAGAAGAAAAUCCAAUUGCCUUUUUCAUUGCUCUUUUUAUAGGACCAUAUCACCUGCUGAGUGGAUGGGAUCUUGCUUUUUAAAAUGGCUUUUUAGAGUUUACACUAGAAUAAAUGGAAGGAAAAGUUAAUAAGGGCUGUUUUUUUAAAAAAACAAAACAAAACAAAACAAAAACUUUUCAUUCCUUCCUGUUCUCUAACUACACUUGGGAAGUGCACUUUAGAGCUGUUUGCUGUGUAGCUGAGAGAUGAAGGAAAAAAGAUAUUCUCUUACUUCUUGCAUUAAAAAAAAACUCCUUGCCCAUUUCAAGAAAUGUUUCUGUUCCUCACUGCAGUGUUGAUAUGCAUUUUUAUUCAUGUUCUAUAAUUUGUGAAGUUCUGACAACAACAACAAAGACAACCUAGAGAAACAACCCUACUGCUUUAGCAGAUUAAACUAAUGCAUUUGUUAAAAUGUAUAAUCUGAACUAUUUUGCAAGACUUCUUGUUUUGAUAGUGUUUUGCUAUGACUGAGAAUGAGGAUCUUAAAAUGACCUGUGCAAAUACAAAACAAAACAAAACGGCACGUAAACGCAGAAUUCUUCAGCUUCAGUUUCUUUCCUUAUGUUUUCCUUCCUUCUCCACUGUGCAUGUACACCUGUAGAUAUCUACAUGGCAUAAAGCACCACGCGUUUCGAGAUGGGGUUCCCCCCCCCGGAUGAGUACAUUUUGUGAUACAUAUUGUGGGAAUGCGCUGAAAAUAGGUAGGGUGGGGAAAAGGAAAGCUUUAUUCAAUGACGGAAUGUAAAUUUCAAAGAAAAUCUGAUCUCUUCUUGCAAAAUCCACACAGCAAAAUCUGUAUAGAGCCAAAGCACUAGAGGGCUUAAGUGUGGGGGGGAAAAAAAACACCUUAGGGGAGCUCUUGUUCAACUGACCACUUUUUCUUUCUGAUCUUAACAUGUAAAUGGUCAGUAAACAGUUUGUUAUAUACCUUGAUCUACCUCUGCUGUACAAAGGCCAUUCAGCAACCUCCAUUUCUGUGGCAUUCAUGGCAUCGUUUUGUUUCUCCCAUGAAUUAAACAUUCAUAUUUUGUUCCUCCUUUUGUUUUUCCUCUAUCUCAACACAGUAGUGCGUUCUGUUCACAUCCCCCACUUAAAAUAACAUUAAAAACAAAUGCUGAUUCUUCUCAGUGGGAUCCUGUUUUGCCUCAUAAUGAUCUACUGCAGAGAAUACAAAAAAUGUAUUCUCUUCCCCCCCCACCACCUCUGUCUGUUCCCCACCCCAUUCCCAGCCAUCCCUUUUCGGUUGCAUUUUUAGGGGGAGAAAUCAGCUCAACUUCUUUUUGGCUUCAGGCGGGGAUAUAGGAGAAAAAAUAACUCAUUAAAAAAAACACAGUGGCAACAUUAUUCAUUUGCUUUUUUAAAAAAGCCAAACAUUGAGUAAAAUGAAGUAGUAAGCACAAACCAUUUUACUUAAAAAUAUAAUAAAAUGUUUCCUUCCUUUCCAAAUAGGUGCCUGCAGUUACAUCGUCUCGGUCACUACCCCAAUUCCCAAUCUAAUACUUUUACUGAUUUUUCUUUUUUUCCAAAAGGAAUAUAGUGUUCUCGGGAGACAGCUGCUGCAGUGUGUGUUAUUGUUUGGGCCUGGGUAUAUUUACUCCAGCAGUGGUCUGUAUUCUUUCUUAGCAGCAGCUAAGAAACCAUGCCUAGAACAAAAGGACUUUUUUUUAAAUGAAGUUCAGAGAAACAUAAUCAUGUAUGAUGCAAAAGCUCAUCCCAUCCAUUUCUCAUCCGUAACCGUUUUCUUGGCACAAACCUGAGCAUGCUUGAUAUUGUGCAUCUAUUACUUUUGCCCAA